AUGGUGAAUUUGAAAGCCUCGCUUUUGAAGGCUGGCCGGACCCUAUCCUGGGCUUUGCCAAUCGUCUUAAAUGAUUUUAAAUGCAGGUACAGGGAGUCCCACUUUAAGAACGAGUUCCGUUCCCAAGGUCUGUCCUUAAGUUGAAUUUGUACGUAAGCCAGAACAGUAUGAUUGUGUCAUAUUGUAUAAGGAGUAUUGUGUAAUGAACUCGAACCACUGUGCACGUAACUCGAAUCUUUGGGUAUUUAACUCAACUUUUACUACAGUAGUCUUCAUUCUGAGCUAUGGGUCGUCCCUAAACUGGGCAUUCUUAACCCAGGGGCUCCCUGGAGUUGCAGAAUUGCUUCACUAACUUUGCUAUAUAGAGAGUGGUAUGGCUCUUUUCACGGGAGAGGUUGGCUCCUGGUUUAUACAGCCCGAAGCAUUCUGCUGAACCAGUUUGGGCUCCUGGCAUGGCCUGUCUCCUCACACCGGGCCUCCGCCCUUUCUGGCAGGGCCUGUGGGUGUGAGCCAGCGCCACCCUGGACAGCUGUGGAAAAGGGGCUGGAAAACUCACCUUGUUUGAAAUGGCUUUCUUUCCUGAUUCCCCAGAUACACCAGCACAUGCACACACAUGCCCGCCCCGGGCGAUCGCCUGAGCUUCCCUUGUGCCCGGCACUCCUGGCCAGGAGGAGCUGGCAUCCCACAGCCGUUUGGAACCAGCCAGAGCAAGAGGGAUGGCGGACAGUCUCCUGACUCAGGUGGGGUGUUGGCAAACCCUUUUGCCCGAGUGAAGUGGGGGAGGGAAUGGAUUUACUGUAAUGAGGCUGCUGGAACUAAGGCAGUUGGCCCGGGCAGAGCAGGUCCUGGCAGAAGGGAGUGUGGAUCAAGGCUCCUCUCAGCUCCCUGUGUGAGGGCAGGCAAGCCUUUGCUUUACCCCGUGGCAAAGCAGGCAAGCCUUUGCUUUACCCCCCCUUUGCUUUAACCUCUGGGGCUUCCUGUUCUGCAGGUAACUUGGUGCCCUCCGCACAGGAACUCCUUCAGCUUCACCCACCCCAUAGGACUCCUUCCAGGGCCUUUCUGGAAGAAGCAACUUUCGGGCUCCUGCUUCAACAGCUGUUUCUUGCCGUGCCAGUCUAGGGAAUUCAGCCUUGUCCCUGCAGACGCCCACUUUCAUCUGCUUUCAGAGGAAGCUGACCUGUUAGGAAACUGAGUGCACGGUUGGGAAUGCUCUCUGUGGGGCAGGGAUGUUUGCCAGGGGUGGUGGUGGUAAAAACGGUCAAGUUGGCCCUGCAACUGUGCGUCAAAGCCCUGUCCCUUUUUUAACCAGCAUCAUGGGGUAAAUGUGGUGGCCAUCUUGACUUUUUUGACCCUGCAGGUUCCCCUGGUUUAUAGAAGGGGUCCUUCACUGGGUGGAAGAAGCCAAGGCCAAGUUGACUGGGGGGAACAUGUGCAGGGCUCCGUUGCAGGUCAGAGCGGCUCUGCCUUUCAGGGCACGGGGCAGAUGCCAAGAAGCCUGAACCGUAGGAUUGUGUGGGGAAGCUUCUCUUACUCAUCCCCACGUACCAGGGAGACGGGAAGGCCCCAGCAGUCUCCGUUUGGGGAAAAACUGUGUGCGAAUCAGCUGCAGUCGUUUGGGUUACGCACAUCGUCUGGAGGACAGAGCGCACAGUAAAGCACCCAGCUGGUUCAGCAAGCUCGCUUCAGCAGGCCAGCUAGCAGCUCAUUCCCACGGCUAAGCUGGGAUGGAUUUUCUUUGGCUUAGCAGGUUGCAUGAACUCAGCUUGUUGGGCACACGUAAGGGAUGAGCUAAUUCAGGGCCAAAGGAGAGCGUGUGGCACGCACCAGCCCGGGGCGGCCUCCGUGAGCCUGCCUUGAGAAGCCUUGUCCGAGAUUGUUUUAUCUUUAAGCAAUUUAUAAAAUAUAGAAGGAAGUGUCCGAGCCACUAAUUCAAAACAGGAAUGAGAAUAUAACAUAUCCCCGGGGUCUCCAAAUCAUUCCGUUCCCAGAAAUAAACAGCUCAAACAGCCAGCCAGAUGCCAGUGGGGACCUCCAGGUCUUCAGGGCCUCGGGGAAGAGCCAGUGGGGUCUUGGGGGACCGGGGAAGGCUGAGCCAUGUGCCGUGGAUCUCCUAGACAUUCCGUAAUAGCCAGGAGCUGAGCGUACUGACGGCAGCAAUUCUGGUGGGUGGGCAGAAACAAUUGGAGGAGUUGUCCGGCAGCUACCCUAGUCCUGGGCCACGUACCUGUGGCAAGAAGGCCUGGGAGACAGGCUUCCAAGGGCAGGUCUGUUGCCCCCUCGUUGGGGCCACUUUGCUCUGAGCAUCUUCUGGGCCCUUGUGGAUUAUUGGACCCUAGAAUGAAAACUCAGCUGGGUGGAGGGGCCGCCCUUCCUCCCUGGCUGGGGGGCUGUGGUAGCACUGGGGGGACAUUUGCCCUGCCUGCUCCUUUUUCACACACCAUUGCAGCCCCGUUAGGAGAAGCCAGCGUUUCAUGUGCAGCUCGGCUCCAGGGGCCGGUCCCCUGGGACUCGGCAGGAAGCUGCAGGGGCCCCUUUGAGGCAACCUCUGUGUCUUUGCAGGUGACCUUUGAGGACGUGGCCGUGUCCUUCUCCCCCGAGGAGUGGGAACUGCUGCAGGACUGCGAGAGGGAGCUGCACUGGGUGGUGAUGAUGGAGAACUACCGGAUGCUGAUCUCCCUGGGAAACGAUCUCUACCUUCUUUCCUCCAAUGGGAUGUUCUGGAACAGCUCAGACGACGAAAGCUCGAAGGAGCCAGCCCACGGAGCGCCUGAGAUUUGGUCUCGUCAAAGCCCAAGGCGGCCCACAGACCACAAAGAUGGCUUUGGGGGUGGAAAACAGGCCCCCGUUUUGGAGGCUGCCAGUCCGACGGGGAUCCCCUACCCCUGUCCCCUUUGCGAGCAGAGCUUCCGUGGGAAGAAAGAGCUGGACCGACACCAGAGGAGUAUUCACAUGGGGGACAAGCCGCACGCCUGUGCCGUGUGCGGGAAAGCCUUCCGCGACAAGAGCGAUCUCCGAGUCCACGAGCGGAUCCACACAGGAGAGAAACCCUUCCCGUGUGACGUGUGCGGGAAAUCUUUCCGUGAAAAAAGCAAGCUGAUCGUCCACCAGAGGAUCCAUACUGGGGAGAAGCGCUGCGUGUGCCAGGAAUGUGGGAAAAGCUUCAGAGACAAGCAUUACUUGCGGGAUCACCAGCGAAUCCACGCAGGAGAGAGGCCCUACCACUGCCAGGACUGCGGGAGGAGCUUCCGGACGCGAAGCCAUUUUACUCUCCACCAGCGAAUCCACACGGGAGUGAAGCCGUACCUUUGCAACGAGUGCGGGAAAACCUUUGUGCAAAAAAGCAACUUGAUAAGUCAUCAGAGGAUCCACACUGGAGAGAAACCCUUCCCAUGUGAAGAGUGCGGGAAGACCUUUCGGGACAGGAAGACCCUUCGGUAUCAUCGGAGAAUCCACAUGGGCGAGAAGCCCUACCCAUGCCAAGACUGUGGGAAGACGUUUCGGGACAAGAGCAGCCUCACCGUCCACCAGAACAUCCACACUGGGGAGAAGCCCUUCGUCUGCUGGGAGUGCGGGAGGAGCUUCCGGGAAAAGAUGUACCUGAAGGACCACCAGAGGAUCCACACCGGGGAGAAGCCGUUCUCUUGCCAGGCGUGCGGGAAGACCUUUCGGGCCAAGAGGACCCUGACGUACCAUGAGCGGAUCCACACCGGAGAGAAGCCCUUCGCCUGCCUGGACUGCGGGAAGACGUUCCGAGGGAAGAGCAGCCUCACCGUCCACCAGAGGAUCCACACGGGGGAAAAGCCCUUCCUCUGUGCCCAGUGCGGGAAGAGCUUCAACAAGAAGCAGAGCCUGCGCAAGCACCAGGGGACCCACUCGACGGAGCGGCCCUUCGCCUGCCUGGAGUGCGGGCGCAGCUUCCGGCUGAAGCAGAUCCUGGUGGCCCACAUGACCUCCCACAUCAAGGAGCGGCCCUUCGCCUGCGACCAGUGCGGGAAGUGCUUUGCGCAGGAGCGCAACGUGCGCAGCCACCAGCGGGUGCACACGGGGGAGAAGCCCUUCCUGUGCAUGGCCUGCGGGAAGCGCUUCGGCUACAAGCAGCACCUGGUCAAGCACCUGCGCUUCCACACCGGCGAGCGGCCCUACAGCUGCGCCGACUGCGGGAAGACCUUCCGGGACAAGACCACCCUGAACAUCCACUACCGCAUGCACACGGGCGAGCGCCCCUACCGCUGCCCCUUCUGCAGCAAGACCUGCAGGCAGAAGCAGCACCUGAACAGUCACCUGAAGGUCCACCGCGGGGAGACGCUUCCCCCGGGGGACAGCACGGGCCUCAGCCUGCAGAGAGCCCGCGCCAAGGAGAAGCCCCACGAGUGCCCCCAGUGCCAGAAGCGGUUCCGCGACAAGAAGAUCAUGCUGACCCACCAGAAAACCCACAAGGAGGAGCCCCUGGCCAGAAGCGGCCCCGCACAGGGCAGACGGGGCCCGGCCGAGGCGGAAGGAAGGGCCGCUGGGGGAGGAAGAGGCGGAGGGCGGAGGCGGAAGGAUGAGGGGCUCCCCUCGGGGCUCACGUCCAUCCUGCCCGAAAUGAUCCCCGUCAUUUGCACCGACUGCGGGAGGCGGUUCACACAAAGGAAGUACCUGACGCUGCAUCAGAGGAGCCACAGAUGAGGAGACGCCGGUUCCCGUUGGAAUCUCGUCUGGAAAGACCCCUUGGAUGGUGCACGACGUGGGCGCUUCCGGGGAAGAAGACGCUUCUGCACGGCAGCCCUGUGGAGGAGAUGCCAGGGUUUGGGGCGAGCUCCCAGCAGAAAUUUCAGGGCUCCGUACUGCGAGAUAAGUUGCUUGACUGCAGACCCCGACGCAGCCUUGCCUGAGGCAUUGCCCAGAAACGAAGCCCCCGGGACUGAAACCCUCCGCCGUUUCCUCCUGCCCUUGCGGGCUGACAGACUGCUGGCUGUUCUCCCCCCAGCGCUGAGACCAGAAAGAAUGCCCCUCCUCCGGGAUUCAGCCCUAGGUCUGGCUGGCCCGAGCACCGCCGGUUCACGUCUCACCUCCAGGCCUGGCCACGGAGGGACUUGGGCCAUCAGGGCAUCGGGACGGGCCUUGGCGCCGUCGCUCCUGGUUUCUUGGGCCUUCAGAAGCUCGUGAAGCAGCCCGAGAGACCCCCGGGGCCGAAGGGGAGCUUUGUCCCACUUGACUGGGAAGGGCGGUUCGCCUCCUCGUCAGCUCUGGGGCUGUGAAAAGCAGUGGCCGUCCAGCGCCUUGUGGCGUUUGUCCGUAAAUUAAUUACGCCCUGUGAAGAAGGCCCUCCUGUCCUGCGUACCCCCCUCACUCAAUGGCUCUGGCGUAGCUCGCCGUUCCUGCGCCUUGGAAGCCUCUUGGGGCUCCAGCUCUUUGCUCCGCCAGGAGUUGCGGCAGAAUUGCCCCGCCGCAAGAGCUUGUGACUUGGGCUUUCUCAGCUCCAGCAGGCUGGAUCCUCACCAAAGAACCACACCGCAUUUCAAGCCAGUUCCAGUAAACCAGACAAUAAAUACUAGGGGGGGGGAGGAAGUGAGUUUGAAAAGGUGAAAAAGGUAGGAUGCAGACUGCAAAAAAAAAAAGCCAAGCCCCCAAGCCUGUUGGUGGCUGCGUGUAAGAAUUGCACGCCUCUGCAGUGGGACCAGCCGAUAGGUCCCCAGCCGCCAGCUUGGUUCCAGGUGCACGGCUGCCGCUUUGCAAAGGCUUCGGGUGCUGCUCUUGAAAACCGGAGCUGCUCGGGUGGCUUCUGACUCAAGAAAAGGUGCCAGCCAGACCUUUUGCAGGGAGCAGGUCCAGCCCUCUUCCUUCAAACAAGCUGAAUAAUUAUGUUUACGUGGCGUCGGACUCCCAGCAACUCUGGGGGGUCUACCAAUGGUUAAAAACAUUUAAAAACAAGGGAACAGCAAAAACAGCACGAGAAACAAAGAUGGCAGAGAAAACCAACCCAGAUGGGAACAAAGAAAAAGGGAGCAUUGGUCACUCUCACCAAAGGCCCGGGCAAAGAGCCACAUCUUCAGGGCCCUCUGAAACGGGUAGGGUGGGGGACGUGGAUCUUGGGCACCUCAUUCCAAAGGGCAGGCACUGAGACAGAGAAGGCACGGUUCUGAGGUCCCAAGAAAUGGCAUUGUUUAAUUGAUGGAACCUGGAGUAUGCCAACCCUGCCAGAUCGGGUCAGCUGGGCAGAUGCUGUGGGAGAUGGGUGGUCCCUCAAGAAACCAGCCCUAUGCCAUGUAGGGCUUAGGAGGGAGCAACCACCACCUUGAAUCACAUCCAGCAACCAGCGCAGCUUGCAAAGCAGGGGUGGCAUGUGAGCAUACCAAGGCAUGCCCAUCACCGCCUGCACCAUUGCAUUCUGGACUAGUUGGAAGUUUGUGGAUGGUCUUCGAGGGCAGCCCCGUGUAGAACGCAUUGCAGUAGUCAAGCCAUGAGGUGACCAGGGCAUGAGUGACUGCCUGAAGGGCCCCCAAUCUAGGAAAGGGUGCAGCUGGCACACCAAAUGAAGCUGGCAAAGACCUUGCUGUCCACACCUGCUCAUCAAGUAAGAGCUGUGAGUCCUGGAAGACCCCCAAAUUGGCCACCACCCUUGAAUGGGGUAGUGCCAACCUUCACCCAAAGUCAAAGACGGAAUAUCCCCCAAUCUGGGCAAUCCAAACUGCCACAGCUGCUCGGACUUAGGACUGAGUUGGAGAUGGUUCCUCCCUGUUCAAAGCUGCAGGGCAGUGUUUCUCAACCUUGGCGGCUUGAA